UUAAAACUGAAUGGAAAUUUCCAGUCUGCCUUACUCGUAGCUAUAUUAACAGACACAACCGGCAAGACGGACGCUACGGAACUCAACUAAACGGCACGAAACGAACUAAAAGAACCACUACAAGAGAAUCUUGAGGAAUCUAUUCAUUGACUGAAGAACACUUGGACCUACACAUUUCUUCGUUUCUUAGUGAAAUCUCCUGUCCUUACUUCAAAGUCAUCAUGUCUCAGCAGCAGAUCAGUCUCCCAGCCAAGCUCAUUAACGGCGGUAUCGCUGGCAUCGUUGGUGUUACUUGUGUGUUCCCCAUUGACUUGGCAAAGACCAGGUUGCAGAAUCAGAGACGAGGUCAGCAGGUCUACAAGAGCAUGAUGGACUGCCUUGUCAAAACAGUUCGAUCAGAGGGCUACUUUGGAAUGUACAGAGGUGCUGCUGUAAAUUUGACCCUGGUUACCCCUGAGAAGGCAAUCAAGUUGGCUGCUAAUGACUUGUUCCGCCAUCACCUUGCCAAAGAUGGAAAGGGCCUGACAGUGGUUAAAGAGAUGCUGGCUGGUUGUGGUGCUGGUAUGUGCCAAGUCAUUGUCACCACCCCAAUGGAAAUGCUGAAGAUACAGCUACAGGAUGCCGGCAGACUUGCGGCUCAGCAGCAAAAGCCAGUCAUGAUGUCUCCCACCAAGCUUGUGGCCACCAACACCAUGCUCAGUCGCUCCUACAACUCCGGCACGGUGGUCACACCACCUCGAGCUGUGUCGGCUACACAGAUAGCAAAGGAACUUCUCCACACUCAGGGCAUCCAGGGGCUCUACAAAGGUCUGGGAGCAACACUGAUGAGGGACGUUCCCUUUUCUGUCAUCUACUUCCCGUUGUUUGCCAACCUGAACCGCCUAGGCAAACCCAGUCCUGAGGAGUCCUCACCCUUCUACUGGGCUUUCCUCUCAGGCUGUGCAGCCGGAUCUACCGCUGCAGUGGCUGUGAACCCAUGUGAUGUGGUGAAGACCAGACUGCAGUCACUGAACAAAGGGUCCAGUGAGGAGUCUUACAAAGGAGUUGUGGAUUGUAUAAGUAAAAUAAUGCAGAAGGAGGGACCCUCUGCCUUCCUGAAAGGUGCCGGCUGCCGAGCUCUGGUCAUCGCACCUCUGUUUGGCAUCGCGCAGGUUAUGUACUUUGUUGGUGUUGGAGAAUAUAUCCUGGACAACUCACCUCUAAGCCUCCUGUCAGCAUGAGACCACUUCGACGUGCUGGCUGGAUAUACAUGUGACAUUCUGAGUGUAAAUGGAUGGAACAAGUGGCAGCUACAUACAUCAGUUUACAGCAGAAAAAAAAGAAGAAGAAGAAGAAAAAAAAAAAGAAAUGAGACAGUCUGGUGUGACCAGUCAGAAAGGCUUCCGGGUUUGAAGACUAUCACCUACCAUCUUCUGUAUGGUCUGAAAGCUGUGUUGCACUUAAACACUUUUGUGGCUUAUUCAGAAGGCUACUGCCAACGUUUGCAGUUGAAGCUAUUAGCCUUACUGGGUUGAGGGACUCAGAGUUGCAGUGUUAUUCUUUCUUUGUCCCUAGACAGUCCUGCUGUGUUUCCCUCUGUGAGGGAGGGGAGCUGGGAAUCACUCCAUCUAAGAGACAGACCUGUUUUUGUUUUCUCUUCCAUGCUAUCCCUUUUCACAUUAUUUUGUAUGUGUAUGCUACAGUUUUAUUUUUGACUUGCUGAAUGCAGUAGUUUGCAGUUUUUUGUUUUUUUUUGUAUGUGUUUCUUUCUUUUCCAAGCUGUCUCAUGUUACAAAACCCUCAAGUUGGAACAAAUGUUUCAAGUGAGGGUGUACAUUUGGGCCCAAUUUACACCAUUUAUUUCAAAGGGAUCUAUUUUUUUUUUUUUACAUACAUUUUCAGCAAUAACUGAGUGUACAUGUUUAAUUUUACUGAUCAUGAACCUUCCUACUGAAAUGGGACCAUACGGUUUACUAAACCAUGAACAGUGUCCUGAUAGAUACUUGAUAUUAGCCCUACAGUUGUUUAGCUGUGAACCACAUUCUUUGUAUCCUAAUAUCUGCAAAAACUUGAGAUGCAUUCAUGCACAUUAUAUAUAUAUAUAUGUAUGUGUUUGUCCACAUAACCUCAGUUAAGAUAUUUACAUAUGCAUACUUUUCUGAUUUGACUCCUAAUUAUCAGCCGUCUUUGGUUUAUGCCUUAACAGAGCAGACUGACAUUUCUGUCUGAUUCUGGAGAAGCAAAGCUCUCGGCCAAAAAAAAAACACAUUAUUACCGUUACUGUGAGCAUGUGAAAAAUGACUGUUACCAUACUUUGUUUUUUGUGAUGGCUUUUUGUACAUACAGUGUGUAUAUAUGUAUAUAUAUACAUUAAAAUUUGCAAUGCACUCAUUC